AUGCCGCCAUUUCCAGCGAUCUUCGCCCUCGCGGCCAACAUGAACGGCCGCUACUCGGUCAGCAGCGGCGGCCGGCAUGACGUGCCAUUCAACGACGAUUACGCUUCGCGCGGCCUGGAGUACUUCGAUGUCUGGUCGCCUGAGAUUGCGACGCACUACGCGGAGGUAUUCUGGACGGACAUGGGCACGCACCCCAUUCCGCCCGAGAUUGUCCGCCGCUUCGCCAAUAAGACGAUGGCCAUCGUCGGGUACGAGAUGGACCAGAUGGAGCGCGUCUCAGUCGACCCGAACGACGUGUCGUCGCACGGGGCGGCGACGCGCAUGGUCGCGCGGCACCGUGCCGGUGCCGCCGCCUCUCCCGACGGCGCCCCCUCCUCGCAGUGGUUCUCCGAGGGCAACGGCGGCGAGUCGCGCAAGAGCUUCCACGGCUACCCGGCCGGGUUCGCGCAGCUGGUCCGCUCGCCGAGGGCGUGGCACACGACGCCGAUGCAGAUCGACAUCCGGAACCGCGACUGCGGCGCCACCCCGGACGACGUGGCCCGCUGCUCCGGCCCGCACGGCUUCACGCCCGGCCCAGAGCCGCGCCAGGCGAGGUACGGCCUGGCUGUGGCCGGCCUCGUGCCGGGCGGCCCAAAGGGGGGUGUGCCGGGCGCCACAAACUACUCUGGGCUGCUCGAGUGCCCCUGCAACGGCCGGUACGGAGGCGACCCCGCCUUUUACCCGGACGGAGGAAAGGGCGGCAGCCGCACGCGCGCGCACGUCCUCUCUGCGGAGGCGUGCUUCGGCGCCGUCGCCCAGCUCGGCGUCAACGCGACCUCCAUCCGCAACGAGACGGCGCAGACCGCCUCCUCGCACCCUCUCGGCUGCUCGAGCACGCGCCUCGUCGACGCGCGCGGCGCCUCGUCCGCCACCUUCAACACGGCGCACUCGGCGGUCUCGUGCGAGGCGGGCGCGAGGCGGGUGGGGCAGGUGACCUCCCUCGUCGGGGUCACGCUCGGCAUCGCCCUCGACGCCGCCUCGGACGCCGCCACGCUCACUCUCUCCGGCCCGGCGGGCGGCUGGUUCGGCGCGGGGCUCCACGCGCUGGUGAUGGCCGACCAGCCAUACACGAUCGUGGUGGCGGGGGAGGAGGAGGCGCAGCACUGCGCGGGCACGCGCCUCGCCGCCUCCGUCACCGUCCUCUCCGACUCGGUCUCUGGCGGCGUGCGGACGGUGGAGAUGUCGCGGCCUCUCAAGGGGCGGACGGACGACCACUACUCCUUCUCGCUCGCCGCAAACACGACGCUCAACCUGAUCACGGCGGCGCACCACCACGCCACGCUCACCCUGACCGACGCGGCCGGGGCGCCGACCUGCGUCUGCGACCAAGGCGGCCGGGGCGACCUCUGCCACGACGGAGGCACGGGCUGCGCGCACUUUGUCAAGGAGUGCGCCCCGCCGCGGCACGACGCGGCCGGGGCGCACUACCCUUUCGGCGAUUUGCUCGAGCAGCGCAACCCGACCUGCAGCUCGAUGUCGUACGCGGGGGGGCUGCGCUGCUGUGGCCACGGCCGCAUCAUGCUCGACGCGGACCAGCCAGUCCGGCCGGAGCUCCUCCGUUACCACCACAAGUACCGCUUCUGGUUCGAAGAGUACCUGCCCGCGCCGCGCGCGCACGCCGCGGUCCAGGCCCCCGCUGCGCCGUCUGGCGGCGGCGCGUCCCACCUCAACCUCGAGCGCAUCUACUACAUGACCGAGGCGAGCGCGGGGGAGUACGACGUGCCUCCCGCCUUCGCCACGCCGUCCGUGCCGCUGCCGGGCUACCCGAGCUGGCCUCUCGGCGUCCCGACGCCCGGCACGAGCUGCACCGGCAGCUGCCCCACGCCGGAGCAGCCGAGCCGGUUCGGCGCCGACUGCGAGUGCGUGCACACGAUCACGUACCACUGGAGCAUCGACAACAAGAGCCUCAUCUACGCGGGCGGCCACUGCCAUGCGCCCUCGUGCCUCGACAUCUCCCUCUACCGCAACGACACGGGCACGCCGCAGCUGCUCUGCCGACAGGCGACCAAGUACGGCGCCGGCGACGUCAAGCACGACAAGUUCGACGAGGCAGACUUCGUUGCCCUCCCUCCCUGCCUCUGGGAGGGAGAGGGUCUCGACCCGGCGCCGUGGCUCGGGCCCAAGACGCCGAUGGUGUCGGUCAAGCGGAACCGGAACACGCGCCUCGGACACUUUGGCGAGAUGGCGAGCUGGCAGAUGCGGGGCGUACCCUUCCCCGCGCACCGCGCGCAGCUUGCCGACCGCAAGGCAGCGGUAGUGGCGCGCUCUUAGGAGCUGCGUGUCCCUUGGAGCGCUUGUUGGCGCGCUCUCCCCUUUCGUUUCUGCUCGCGUACGUUACUCUCUCUCUCGUGCGAAUGUAUGUCCGAUAGUAUGUGGAAAUGUGUGAACGUGUGCGAACGUGUGGCGUGUGUCGACUGUCGUCGUGCGCGGAGAGAAAUGUUAAUACUCUGCUGUGUCCUGUAUACUGUUACUACUCGCAA